UUACACGAGUCUCAGGGAGGAGAGACUUUGUAGGGAGGCAAUGUACACUCAUCGGCGUUAUUAGACACUGCCAAUUCACUUCGGUGUGCACAGACAAGGCAAGCGAAAACAAAGAACACUCAUAUUUAGUUAUUUCUUAAGGUUUUGCGAAAGCUACACUUUUGGGAGGUGUCAGGAAUAAGUGAAAUAAAUAUUGAAGGGUUUCCACGGGGAUUUCACCCCGUGUCCCGACUUCGAAGCCUACGUCGAUUUGACACCCGAAACGCAUUGUGCAAAAUUACGGACUAAAAACUGGGAUAAGUCCGAGAUAGCUGUCGACAGUUCUAUCGUCCUACACAAUGAAGAAGAACAAUUCUGCCAAACGGGGGCCGCAGGACACAAACCAGCACCCUACCCAGCCUGACAAAAUCGGAUGGCUCCGCAAGUUUUGUGGAAAAGGAAUAUUUAGAGAGAUCUGGAAAAAUCGCUUUGUGAUACUAAAAGAGGAGCAACUUUAUAUCUCAGAGAAAGAGGUGAAGGAUGAGAAGAAGACCCAGGAAAUGGUGGACUUGACAGACUACGAGCGCUCCGAGGAGCUGAGAAAGGCCAAAAGCCGCAGCAAGAAGAACCACAGCAAGUUCACUCUGCUGAGGUCCAGGACGCCGGGAAACAAGGUUCCAAACCUCGUAUUCCUGGCUGUCAGUCCAGAGGAGAAGGAGUCAUGGAUCAAUGCCUUAAAUGCAGCCAUAACCAGAGCCAAGAACCACAUUCUCGAUGAGGUUACGGUUGAGGAUGACAACCAUCUGUCCCAUCUCACGCGGGACCGGGCGAAGAUCCCCCACACACGGCGUCUGCCUACUCGAGGUCACAUCAUGGCUGUGGCAUCCCAGUCCUCCUCGGAUGGCAUGCUGACGCUGGACCUCAUCCAGGAGGAGGACGGCUCCUCGCCAGAGGUCGGGGGCAUCUGCGACAGACCCUUCCGCGUCGACAAGGACAAAUUGCACCUCACCCCCGACUGUCCCAGGUCCAAAACCGACGGCGCCCUCUCCGCCAUGACCGCCUCCGAGGCCUGUGGGAAGUCCCACAGCCUGCCUCGCGAGACAGGGGUGGCGUGGGAAGACAAGCAGCGAGGGGAGGAAUGCGGAAGGGCGGAGAAGCCCUCCCCCCACACCCCCCAGCCAGGUAAGAGGCUGACACCGGCCGAGAAGAGCCGGUGUGCCUCCAUGGACGAGAUCUUGUCGCACUCAGAGACGCGAGCCACCAAGCCAAGGAAUGCCGGGAUGCCUCAUUCUCCGGCAUCGGCUCCCACAGGAAGCUUGUUCCCCAUAAGCCAGCUCCAGGACCUCAUUUCCCAAAAACUGGAGAAAACUCAGGAGCUGCUGACAGAGGUGCGAGGCAUCCAGAGCGAGGGGGACUCGGCAGAGCGAGGGAAGGCCAAGGGGAAGGACUCACCCACCGGCUCGAAGGGCUCGUCCGAGGACACCCGCGCCGAGGCGGAGAGGCUGCUGAAAGAAGCGGCGUCAACGUGGGGCCAGGCCAAGGAUGUCCUGGAGGAGGUGAAGGAGCUGAGGGCGCUGUAUCGCCAGCUGGACUCACCGACGAGCACUGCCAACGGCACCCCCUCCUCCCUCUCGCCCCACACGCCAUCACACAGCGCCAAGCAAACUCCCUACAGGAAGAGCCUGAUGUGACGACCGGAUUGCUGAAAGACUCUGAACAUGAGCUGAUGUGAAAAGGACAAAUCCUGCAGCAAAAAAAAACUUACAAAAAACUAUAAAUCAUGCAAAGCCACAAAAUUGUAAAGAA